AUGCAUACAAAACGCCUCUUACCUUUUACUUCCUUGGUCCUUCUUUUAAUGUCUGUCUUAGUAUCAACUAAAGAUACAUCGUUCGUGGUAAAGAGCUCGGUAUCCACUCCAGCUGGAUGGAAUCAACGUCAGAGGGCACCAUCGGAGCAUAUUGUACAAUUACAAAUCGCCUUGAGACAGGAUGGGGUUGAAGAUCUAGCACAGCUUCUGUUAGAAGUUUCUGACCCAGGCCAUGAGAUGUAUGGGCAACACCUAUCAGUCACUGAGGUGGCGAAGGUUGUCCAAACCCCACAGGAGACUGUCCACACAGUGGUAAAGUGGCUGGAUGACUCAAACUUAGGGUUACUCAAUAUCUCUCAGUCUGCAUCUGGCGAUUGGUUGUAUCUUUCUUUACCAAUCCACGCUCUGGAAUCUCUUAUUCAUGCGCAAUAUUAUGUGUUUCAUAACAGCAAUGGGGACAGCGUGUUGAGAACGCUCCAAUGGUCCCUCCCAUCCUAUGUUUAUCACCACAUCGAUUUGAUACAACCGACCAACAAUUUUCUUCUGCCGCGACCUCAAUCACGCUAUGGUGGAUUCCCACCGCCCCAAUGGGAGAUUGAACACAGACUGCCAACAUAUGCGGAGCUGGUAGAUGAAGAUGUCAUACAAAGGCAUCAUAUCACCGCGCCUACACCUCAAGACCUGCCAUCGAAUCCCACAGUUGAGCAGGCAUGCAAUCGCCUGGCAGUUACACCUCUUUGUCUGGGUGUUCUAUAUGAGACCCACGGGUAUCACCAGCUUGCUGCAGACAAUAACAGCAUUGCAAUGGUCAAUUUCUUAGGCCAGUCAAGCAAUCGAUCUGAUAUUCAACUGUUUUUAGAACGCUCCCGACCAGAUGCCGCCGCUGCAGGAGCAGCCUAUGCAUUCAAGACACAAAUCGUGGCGGCUGGAGAGGACCAGCAGACACGUUUGCGCCCUGAUCAACUUGCAUCUCGACUAGGCCUGGAAGGCGCUUUAGAUGCUCAAACUAUUCUUGGAUUAAGCUGGCCAACUCCACUGAUAGUCUAUAACGUUGGGUCAAAGCCCCCUUUUUUACCAUCCAAAUAUCAUGUUGAGAACCGGAACGAGCCAUAUCUAGUAUGGUUGGACUAUCUACUGGCUCAGAAGGAGUUACCCCGAGUGAUCUCGAUAUCGUACGCGGACGAUGAAAAAAGUGUGCCACCUGAGUAUGCGCGACGUGUAUGUGCGGAAUUUGCGAAGUUAGGCGCCCGUGGAGUGUCAGUUCUCGUGGCAAGUGGUGACUUUGGGGUUGGAAAGAGCGACGAAUGCCAAAGCAAUGAUGGGAGCGGGCAGAAGAGAUUUGCUCCGACAUUUCCAGCAAGCUGUCCAUAUGUAACAAGUGUUGGAGCUACACGUCUGGUUGGGCCGGAAAUGGUUGCAUUUGAUGGGCGGAGUGACUUUGCGAGUGGUGGAGGAUUCAGUGAGAUUUUCGCACGCCCUGGCUAUCAAUCUAUGGCAGUGGAGGGGUACCUCUCUGACCUGGGUACGCGAUACGAUGGCUUGUAUAACCCAAAGGGUCGUGGGAUUCCGGACGUAUCAGCCUUAGGGUAUCAUUACCCAGUUGUCUGGGAUGGCGUGGCACAUUUACAGGAUGGGACUAGUGCAUCAACACCGACACUCGCUGCCGUGAUUGCCUUGCUUAAUGAUGCCCUCCUGGCAGAUGGUCGGCCUGCUCUCGGGUUUUUGAAUCCUUGGAUCUACUCGCAAGCAUCCGCGGGCUUUAAGGAUGUCACUUUUGGGUCAAAUUUUGGAUGCAAUACUUCUGGUUUUGAUGCAAAAAAGGGCUGGGAUCCUGCUACUGGGCUCGGUACACCGCGCUUCCUCGCACUGAAGGAUAUUGCCUUGAAGAGACGAUUUCGAGAUCAAAGACCCUGGUACUAUGGGCCUUGA